CAAGUCUCCAUCAUGGCUGCCGCUCGCACCGCGCGCCUCGCGUCCCAAUAACCGUGUUCAAAGUGUCCAAAAUAAUGUUAUAGUGCACAAAAGUGUCUGUUGUUUCGUGUUCAAGUGCCGUUUAGUUCUUUGCAUGAUUGACCGGCAUGGCGGGGACGGCCGGGACUCGCCGGCCAGCACCGAGCAGCUAACAAAAUGCGAAAAAGGCGCCGGCACGCCCGACUGCGUGGCGGCGGGCAGCCGGCUGCGCGGGAGCAUGGGCUCGCGGCCGCCUGCGCGCUUCUGGCCGCAGCUCUGGGCCACAACCGUGCGGAACCUGCUGCUCAAGAAGAGGGACACGAGGAAGACCUUGGCUGAGGUGCUAGUGCCGCUAUACUCACUGGGCGUUCUGAUAUUCCUGAAGAUGCUGGUACCGAACCCCAACUUUCCUGAAGUCACCAAGCCGGGUCGGACGGUCCGGGUGCACUAUGACGCUUUCCCGGCUAACCACUCCGUCGCUGUUGUUGCUGAUUGGCUGAAUGAUAAUGGGACUAUGGCUUUCCUCGAAGAACUGAACGAGAUGCUAUUGGAGUCCCAUCAGCAGCCAAUACGCUGGGUGCGCUACAACAACACCACCGAGCUGAACGACGCAUACCACAGCGACGCCAAGAACUUCCCCAUCGCAGUCAUAUUCCAUACGGAUCCGACUAGCUUCGGGGAACCACUUAGGUACACAAUCCGCACAAACCCCUCAAACUUCGGGACCCCCUCAACUCGAACCCUCUACACAUCCGACGCGUUCUGCCGCGAGGCUCCCCCGAAAGGCGACUGGUCGUCGGACUGGUCGCGCGGAGGACAGCUGAUACCACUGUCGGAGAUGCACAGCGAGGAUACGUGUCCUGUGCUGCAGUAUUACUAUUCUGGGUUCUUGGCGCUGCAGACUUUGAUCGAUUUCACGAAGAUUAAGUUGGACACCGGCACACCCUUCCCCCCACCCCGAGUAGACCUGACCCAGUUCCCCAAACGCCAGCACACCGGCGACUGGCUCGUCAUCUUCCGCGUCAUCAUGCCCAUGUACAUGGUGAUGACCCUGAGCCAGUUCAUCACGUAUCUCCUCAUGUUCGUGGUGGGCGAGAAGGAGAAGAAGAUCAGGGAGGGAAUGAGGAUUAUGGGGCUAAAGGAUUCUGUUUACUGGGCAUCAUGGUUCCUGAUCUACGCAGUCUUCGUAACCAUUCUAUCAGUUUUCAGCACCGUUCUGCUGUUUGCUCUAAAGGUGUUCCAGCAUUCCUCAUAUAUUCUGAUCUUCCUCUUGAUGCUGCUGUUCGGCUUCACGAUCAUCACUUUUGCAUUCAUGCUGACACCAUUCUUCGAUAAAGCAAGAACGGCCGGUAUCCUGGGCAGCUUCGCAGUGAACCUGAUGAGCGGCCUCUACUUCAUCCAAGUGUUCGUUCAGAACGCCGACUCCCUCGCCUUCUGGUUCGUCUCUCUCAUCAGCUCCAGUGCAUACGCGCUAGCCAUGGAUAAGGCGCUAGUACUAGAUAUGCAAGGACAGGGCGUGACGUGGGACAGCCUCUGGAGCGGGCCUGGUGUACCAUUCGGCGGAAGUCUCAUCAUGAUGGCCGUGGACACAGUGCUCUACGCCCUCAUCGCUUAUUGGCUUGAUGCUGUGAUGCCCAGUGAAUACGGUAUAAAGCAGAAACCUUGGUUUUGCCUGCUACCCUCCUACUGGGUCGGCAGUAGACGCGGCCGAGUGUCGGCCGUGCACUUCCACUCUAACGGCGAUACGCUACAUAAUAAGGAUAUUGAGCCUGUGCCUAGAGAACUCCAGGACAAGGAAGCCAUCCGCAUCGUCGGCCUCCAGAAGUCCUUCCGUCACUGCCGCAGACCAGAGAUCAAGGCCAUCGACAACAUAGAGCUGAGCAUCUACGAGGGGCAGAUCACGGCGGUGCUGGGGCAUAAUGGCGCGGGGAAAUCUACGCUGUUUAAUAUCUUGACCGGGUUGACUGCUCCCACGGCUGGGACGGCGUAUGUUUAUGGGUUGGAUGUUAGGGACCCCAACGACAUGCACGAGAUCCGGCAGAUGAUCGGCGUGUGUCCGCAGCAGGACGUCCUGUUUGAUCUGCUGACUGUACGGGAACAUCUUCAAUUCUUCGCUGCCGUUAAAGGGAUACCGAGCAAGCGUCAUAAAGAAGAGAUUAGUAAAGCGAUGAGUGACGUAGGUCUCUCAGACCAGGCCAGCGUGUUCUCCAAACAUCUCUCUGGGGGACAGAAGAGGAAACUCAGCAUUGCUAUAGCUUGCAUAGGGGAUCCGAAGAUAAUAAUCCUGGAUGAACCAACGGCAGGCGUGGACCCUGUGUCUCGCAGACAAACAUGGCGGAUACUGCAGCGGGCCAAAAAGGGGAAGGUUCUCCUCUUGACCACACACUUUAUGGACGAGGCGGACAUACUGGGGGAUCGGAAGGCGGUCAUUAGUAAAGGCAGGGUGAGAUGUGCUGGCACAUCAUUAUUCCUAAAGAAUAAAUUCGGUAUUGGAUACCACCUUACACUAGUAUUAGAUGGAGCGUGUCGUGAGCACCAAAUAACGCGGCUGGUCCGCGGACACGUGCCUCGAGCCGAAAAGGCACGAAGACACGGUCGAGAGCUGUCCUACAUCCUUCCCCAUUAUGCUGUUCAUCUGUUCCCACCUCUGUUCCUCGCUAUCGAGCAGGAGAUCCGGGAAAAGACAAAUAGAUUAGGCAUAACAAGUUACGGCGUCUCCAUGACAACUCUAGAAGAGGUGUUUCUAAGCUUGGAAGGAGAGAACGCCGAAGAGAUUGAGGCGGUGGAAGGAGUGUCGUCAGUGAAGCUGGUCAGAGCUCGCGCGCUGUCCAGGAGUUUGUCUUUGCAGAGCAAGACUUUGAGCUAUCAGGAGCUGAACGACAAGGACAACCAGAAGGCGACGUCACUACCAGCACCUGCGUCGCAUGCGUUGCACUCAACCACACAUGGCGUGGAACAUGUCAAGGUGAUUCCUGAAGCCCCGAUCUCAGUGGACACCCUCGGCGACGUGGUGAAGACCAACCCCUCUUGCUGGCGGACUUUCUGCGCAUUAGUGUACAUCCGAACAGUACGGAUGAUACGUGAUCCGUACAAGCUUUACGUCAUGAUCUUCAUGCCUAUUAUAUCGUGCGCUCUCGGUCUCUACAUUAAAUCGAAACAGAUAGUAUUCUUCAGGAUGCAGCCGCUAAAAUUGGAUCCUUAUGCGUACCAAAAUAAGACUCCAAUUGCGUUGUUCAGCGAGCAGAACAACACCAGAGACCUCCUUGAUUUGAGGAGUUCGCUAGAAGUUUUAGGAGUUUCGCCGAUUGGAGGCUACGAUGGUAACUUCUCUAGCCUGCUUAAAAUGGAGAACAUCGGAGCCUUCAGCGUGCGGGACAGCGUGAUUCCGUACGGGAAAAUAAUGGCCUACUACAACACCACCCUGACACACGGCCUGCCAAUCAUUAUUAAUCUGCUCGACAAUAGUAUAUUUAGAAUCCUAAUGCACACAUCGGGACAGCCAGAAAACUUCAGGCCAAUCGAAGUGUUCGCUCACCCGUUCCAACAGACAGAACAACCGGAGGAAUUCAACCUGGGCAAUUUGGUCUGCGCCAUCUUUAUGGGCAUGAUAUUCGCGUUGGUUCCUGUGACGCUGGCGGUGGACAUCGUGUAUGACAGAGAGAUAAAAGCAAAAAAUCAACUACGCGUGAACGGGCUGUCGAUGAGCAUGUACUUCCUAACAUAUUUUACCAUCCUGAUCUUCAUUAUGAUUGUUACGAGCAUUGGCGUCCUGCUCUUGGUGAUCCUCAACGACAUCCCAAGCUUAACCAACGGCUCGGCCAUCACGAUGCUGUCCUUCCUGCUCGCUCUGUACGCGCCGUCGGCCAUCUUGUUCAACACGUGUCUCUCGUACGUGUUCGACAAGAUGGACUCCGCGCAGAGCAUCAUGCCGAACAUCACUACAUGGGUCGGCGUCGUGCCUUUCGUGCUAGUUGCUGUUGUUGAAAAGUUCACUAGAGGCAACGACGUGGCGUUCUGGCUGCACUUAAUAUUCAGCUUCCUGAACGUCUUGUACAUACCAUACGCCAUCAUCUACUACGUUGAUAGGGUGUACGUGACAUGCAACUUACGCGGCCUCUGCACGACGCCAGCACUAUGGAGCUACUUCACAGCGGAGAUAUGGGUGCUGAUCGUGGCCAUGGUGUUCCACGUGCCCGUCUGCGGGGCUGCACUCUUGGCAGCUGACCGACUUAAAUCUGGCGGACGGCUCUGCAAAAAACGAGCCAGUGAGCCCCAAGAGCCCCCCGACCCUGAAAUAGAAGCGGGGGGCGAAGCGGGGGAAGAUGAAGACGUGAGGCGGGAGCGGCGUCGGGUCGCCGCCAUCUUGCAAAACAAGGGCAAGGCGGCGCCUGCUCUAGUAGUGCAUAAUCUCCGUAAGGAGUUCAAAGUCCGCGGCACGGGCGAGGCGGCGUGCUGCGGCGCGAGCUCGGGGCCGGCGCGCAAGGCCGGCGUGGCGCGCCUCAGCCUCGCCGUGGAGGGCGGGGAGGUGUUCGGGCUGCUGGGGCACAACGGCGCCGGGAAGACCACCACCAUGAAGAUCAUCACCGCCGAGACGAGACCGACCUGCGGCUCCGUCAUGCUGGGCGGCCAGAGCGUCUGCGACAACGCAGCGUCCGCCUUCCAGGUGCUCGGCUACUGUCCGCAGCACGACGCUCUGUGGAAAAACGUCACCAUACGCGAGCAUAUCGAGUGCUACGCGGCCAUUAGAGGCGUCAGCAAGUCUGACAUACCCAAGAUAGUAGACGCAUACCUAAACGGUCUGCAAAUAAUGGAGCACGCAAACAAAAAUGCCGAAGAAUGCUCGGGCGGCACGCGGCGGAAGCUCUCGUUCGCGUUGGCUAUGGUUGGGGGGCCGAGAGUGGUCCUGCUGGACGAACCUAGCACGGGCAUGGACCCUAGGUCCAAGCGGUUCCUCUGGAACACCAUCCUGGCCAGCUUCCAGGGUAAAAAGGGUGCUAUUCUCACAACACAUUCCAUGGAAGAGGCUGAUGCUUUAUGUUCUAGAGUUGGGAUUAUGGUUAAAGGUGGCCUUAGGUGUAUCGGUUCAACGCAACAUCUGAAGAAUUUGUAUGGGGCUGGUUACACGUUAGAAAUGAAGAUUGGACAGCCGUAUCAGAAACCGGUGCUAGAGUCAGAGUCGUUGUCGCCUUCACCGCUGAGGUCGACAGAGAAUUCUCCGUCAUUAGGAGAAGCCGAUGAAGGUAACUCGCGCACGGGGUCGAUGUGCCCGGAGGGAGGGGAAGCGGAGGCGGAAGCGGAAACCGUGGACGUCAGCAUACACACGCCAUUGGUGGCUGGCACGCCAAUGCGACACCAGACACACCAAAGGAUGGAAUCCUCAGGCGGUGUGAGCGCAGAAGCCUGCGUGUCUCUCGUCAACCAGCUGUUUCCCGCAGCAGUUCUGGAGGAAAACUUCGCGGACCGUCUCGUGUUCUCCGUACCGCAAUCUUCGGUCUCUAGUUUAGCUCGCUGCUUCCAACAAAUUGAAGAAGCGAAAGAAAAACUGAACAUCGUAGAGUACAGCUUCAGUCAAACGACGCUCGAGCAGGUAUUCCUCAAGUUCGCGCAGUCGGAGAGCCACGACAGAGACUCAGAGCAAAAGGCGGAUUAGGGCUAGUUAUUCCAAAACGCAGCUGGCAACACUGACUUAAAGUCU